AUGGCAUCAUCAUCAAAACUCGACGACCUGGUGGCGGAGUUUCCCCUCCUAGACCCCACAGUUGUCAUUGCAAUCGCAAGUGAGCUAGACCUCAGCAAUGCCGGCCAGCUCAACGACGUCCGGGGCAUGCUGCAGAGUCUUGCGCAGGACGUUCUGGCUGAAGAGGCCAGCGGCUUCAACGCCAGCGGUGUUCCCGAUGCUCUCAGCUCUAAUGACGCUGGCACGGACACCAGAGACAGCUCGACCAACAUCUCUGACGGUCUCCACCUGAGAGACUGUGAUUCUGCGAGGACUGGCGUCACCAGUCCCCCUCCCCCAGACGAGCUGGAGUAUGACGUCCCGCGCAUCAAGACCUUCGACGGCGACUCGGAGCAGGAGAAGCUGCUGCAGCUGCAGGAGAUGUUCUCCGACCUGAAACCCCACGACGUCAGCUUUGCUCUCAAGAAGGCACAGGGCGAUUUCCAGUCCGCUCUGGAAACGUUGCUGAACAUUCAGUUCCUCGAGUCCAUCGGCGAGCGGCCCAAAGGCAUCGAUGGUUUCUUCCAGCCGGAGCAGUCGAAGCCAUCCGGCAAGAAGAGGGGCAAGGGCAAGAAGAAGAAGGACAUGCGUACUGAUCUCUCAUCGAGCUCCAGCAGCAUCAAUGACAGCUCGCCAAACAAUGAAGACAAUGACAGAGUUGAAAAGAUCCUCUUCAUCGUGGAGAAGCUUGACCUUCCCUUUGAAGAAGUCUCUGACGUGUUCGAUUCCCACAAGGGAUCCGUCGAAGGCACGAUCAUCGAGUUCCUGGAACGAUACAUCAAGCAAGGGGUAGUCGUCGACGACAAUGACAGUACCUUCGGAAAGCAACACGUACACGAGUUGAAGAAGCAGUACCGCCACAUUCCUGAAAGUCUGCUGUCCCCUCUCGUCGAAGUCACCCGCAGCGACCACCAAUGGACCGAGGAAGUUGCUGCCUUGUUGAACCGGUACUUUGGCAAGCUUCCAGCGCAGCGCUUGAACAUCAACUACAAACUGGCCCCCCUGGCGAAUGAGGAACUGGAGGGUUCGUCAGAGGGCUGGCAAAAGGUCGCAUCGCCAAAGACGUCACUCACGUCUCCAACCGGGCGACCGCUUAACAGCCCGACGCUCAUGAACAGCCCAACGUUCGGGCCCCGCACUUACAAACAAGCAAUGGACACCGCCGGUAUUCACCGCGAUGCUAGCACCCAUUCAUUCAACACCGCCGGCCAGGUUUACAAGAAGGGCCACUUGUACAGACAGGCAGCAGGAUUCUUUGCCGAGCGCGGCCGCGAGGAAGCAAGAAGCUUCGCCAAGGCCAUGAGUGCUGCUGCCGACAUACAUGUCGGCAGCACGCGUACCGCAAACGAGAUCGACCUUCAUGGUGUGGAGGUGGCCGAUGGUGUCCGCAUCGCACGGGAGAGUGCGUGGGACUGGUGGAACAACCUGGGGGAGUAUAGGGCGCGGAAGGCUCAGGAGGGCUUCACGAUUGUUACGGGCCGCGGCCUCCAUAGCGCCGGAGGCGUCUCGCGAUUGAGGCAGGGUGUUAUCGCCGCUCUGGUCAACGACGGGUGGAAGGUCUCAGUCGGGACGGGUAGCUAUCGCGUAACCGGGCGACGGUAG